UCAGUGCAGCGGGCUCCUCGAGAGGCCCCGCCCCCUCAGAGAAACCGCCAUCAUGAAAACACAGAACGGAUUGUGAGACGCACUUCGCAUCAUCUGCAGGAUUCACAGGAUAAAGAUGACUGAGGUGGCGGAGGAGGUGAUGGACAGUCCCGUCCAGUCCGAGGAGGAAGUGGAGGAGCAGAAGCUUUCUUCAGAGGGAGGAGACGCUCGGCAGAGUCACUCUGGAGCAGCUGCUGGUGGUGACCUGAUUCAGGGGAAGCGGGUGAAGAAGACAGUGGAGCGGUUGGAUUUUCAGGCACCGAAGCAGCUUGAGAAGCUCCGAGUCGGAGACGGCUGUGGGGAGAAGCUGGGAGAAAUCCCUCGAACCAACUACCAGAUCACCAAAAUGAAGCCAGCAGACCUGAAACCUCUUCACACAGUGCUGUUCGACCGGCCCGGGAAGAUGGCGACCAUAAAGAAGAACCUGCGCCUGUUUAACGGGUUCUCCUUUGACUCUGACAGUGAACAGUUCAACAAGAAACGAGACAAAAUGUUGAAGAGUUCCAACUUUACAAACUCCAAGCUGAAGGUGAUGUGCAGCGUUCUCGAUCUGGAGAAGAAAGGAACUCACUCAGACCUGGUGGACAGGAUCCUCACGUUCCUCACCUCACCCAAGAGCAGUGGCAAGCGGCUCCUCAUCAAGAAGAAGAAGAAGUCCAAGAAGAAGCUCUCCGGGAACGACGCGACACCUCAGGCCAAGAAGAAGAAGAAGAGCAAACCCAAAGCCAGCAGCUCCUCAUCCUCCCCCAAGAAGUCCAAAGCAGGCAACAAAUCCAAGGCCAUUGUCAUGGACUCCAGCAGUGAUGAAGACCAGGACGAGGAGGAGGAGGAGGAGGCCGGGGCGUUGGCUGAAGAGAAACCGUCAGAGAAGGAGGAGAACAGCAGCUCUGAGGAGGAGGAGGAGCAGGAGGAGUCUGAGGAGGAGGCAUCCAAAUCCAAGGGACGAACUUCCAGUGCCUCAAAGAAACAAACUGGAAAGAGACCCCGAACAGCUGGGAAGAAGAGCUCCGCCCCCAGGAAGAGAACCAAGAAGUCCUCCGACCAGUCCUCGUCCCAGUCCAAGUCUGAAUCCGAAUCCCAGUCCGAGUCCGAGUCUGAGUCUGACAACCAGCGCCAGGCUAAGAAGAAGAAGAAGCCUUUAGCUAAAACAAAAAAGGCUGACAGCAGCAGCAACAGCAAGAACACACACACAGCUGAGGACAGCUCUGAUGAAGAUGAGCCUCUCAUCAAGAUGAUAAAGAAAGCUCCAAGUGACGAUCAGCUGAAGGAGACGCUGCAGAACCUCCUGAAGGAGGCCGACCUGGAGGAGAUGACCAUGAAGCAGAUCUGCCAGAGGGUGUUUGAUUUGUAUCCUGACCAUGAUCUGAGCAGCAGGAAAGAUUUCAUCAAACAGACUGUCAGAGCUCUCCUGACAUGAAGGUGUGGCUGAGCAGCAGCGGACAGCAGUGUUGUUUGUUUUUUUUAUUUGUUUGUUUGGUGAAUCUUCUUCAGUUUGCUUGUUUUUAUCUCGGAAGUCAGUUUACAGUUGGUCUUGUUACUCAAUAAAGUUUGGAACUCAA